UACAAAAUCAGAGAUUCGGUGUUACGCGAUGUGCGCUUACUUGCGUUAAAACAAUUUGACUGAGAGCUGUUGACAUAAUGUAUCUAACAAGUUGUCGCAGUUUCAUAUUUGAGCUACGAACACCUUGAAAUUGAGUUAAAAUCUUGUGCAAGAAAUUUGAGAUCUCUAGCUUUGUUCAUAUAUUUACAUUCCCAAAUAAUCUUGAUAAUUCUUAUCAAUUUUUCGUCUAGUCAAUGUAUCUCUGGCAACUUUGUUAAGAUAAAGUUUAGUUCGUGACGAUAUAUCAAUCCCGUCAUGGAAUUAGUGUAGGUAAUUUCCAAGCUAUGAUUUUAUCAAUGUGAGGAUUAUGGUAUAAAAACGAUGUGUAAAUUAUCUUGACUUUUAAUAUCAUAAGCACAUCGGUGUAUUGUGGGUUGCCGAUCCACAAAACCACAGGCGUUGUUUACAGCGAAUUUUGGAAAAUUACCAAUCACUCAGACGACACACAGCCAAAAAUGAUACAAAAUGCGAUGCCAAGUUAAGUUUCAAGUUAAGGAUUCCUCCUAGACAUUGAAUAUUGGAAUGUCUAUUCAUCGUCUUUUGUAUGACUUUUGAGAGAUUUUCGUUGCUGCUAUGUUUUGAUACGGUUUCCAUACAUCUACAAGAAAGCACAGAAUUUGAUUUAUCAACCCUGCCAGGAAAUGCAUGUAUUUUGUCAAAUUGCAGUCUUUGAGCAUUAAUAGGGCAUAAAUAUCCAUUCUUAAUAAAAAUGCAUUACCUAAUUUCGAAAUUGAUACCAAACGUUAAGUAUAAUUUACCUCAUUCGUAUUGAAUCGCCAUGGAAGAUGACACACGUCAUAUAUAACGUUAAUUACGACCUAGCGCCUCUGUUGGACUUUUCCAAAGCUUGAUGUAAAUAUGGAUGCAAGUGAAUUUUUUUAUGGACCUAGUGAUAUAGUUGUCAUAGCUUUGUAGCCGGGGGUAUUUAAUACGUUGACUCUUAAUGGUGUCUCGACAAGCCGGACCCAUCUUUAUUGAACCCCACGUGGUGCUUUCGGAAAUGAAUCAGUUGAAAGCUUAUGGAUCAUAAAUAAGUAAAACUAAAACUGAUAGAAGUGAUUGAAGCCAAAUAAAAAUGAAUUGUCGAAUAAAGUAUAAAAUAUUAAAAAAUAAAUAAACACAUAGUACAUUGGUAUUUACCUUAACGGGACAUAAUCAAGAAGAAAUAAGACUUUGUAACCAUCGUGCUCACAGUAAAAAAAAGGAAAAAGAAGAACCAUCGUGCUAUCCUCCGUGAUAUGGGGUGACAAGCUGUUUGUUUACAAGUUACAUAGUAAAUGCAAUGGAAGUUAGCGGUGCUGAAAAGAAAUCACCGCCAGGUAGCAUUCCAAACAAGUGUUGCCAGCUGGAAGCUGGAGACCUGAAUAUUACUUCAACCUGGAAAAUAGUCAACGAUAAAUUACUCCACAAUACAAUUUCUACUACCAGCUUCAAAGAAUCGCCUGGAAGAGCAGAACUAGAAGAUGUAGUUUCACUGGAAACAUGUAUAAGACUGGAAGGAAACGUGCAUGAUAAAAGGGAGCCAUGCAACAUUGAUAUUAAGUUAAAUAAUGGUAAAAAAAUAGCGAGGAUUGCCAUAGUCUCGGAGGCAUUUCUAAUUGAAUUAUACAAGCAAUUUGGAGAAUACGUCAGUACCGCGCAUGCGGAAUUCAUUGAUGAAUUUGAACAAAGUGCUGUGUAUUUUGCAGACAUAUGCCUGAGUCCACCCACACCUGAAGUUAGCAUCAAGUUUGCCAGACUGAAGAAUCCUAGCACAGCUAUGUGGUUGUAUGGAAUACGACUUUCCCUUACAGAUUCUGAGCCUAGUACAAAGUCUCAAGAAUUUGAUUACAACGUUAUAGGUGAAUUGUUGCAAAGUAAAGCCGGAUCGUCAUCAAAGUCCAAUAAUUGGGCAAAGAAGAUUUUGGAAAAAUCAGAGGCUCCCGUAGAGAAUUUAAAUCCUGAGCUUGAUUCCUUUUAUCAAAACUUUAUGGGCGUCAAUUUAGACUCAUCGACGCACAUACAUUUCCCUCAUAGGCAAGACUCUCGAACGACUGCACCUAGGAAACAAAAUGUGGAAUGUAUUGGUGAUUCUGCAGAUAUUCUUGAUUCCAACUUCAAAACGUACGUUGACAAUAGGCUGAGAGAGAUGGAGGAGAGACUCGCACAAAGAAUAGACACAAUAAAUUAUAAAACAAACGAAAAACUGGAUGAUAUCCUCAAAUUACUUAGUAAUAGGCAAAAUUGAAUAUUCGCAAUGAAUUUAAAAAGUAUGGCAAAUCUAACUGGUUCUAUUUACCAGAAAAAGGGUAAAAAUGUACCAAUAGUGAAAUGAGUAAUUUGUAACUGAUUCAUCAUAGAUAUAUCAUUUAUCCGAUGACUCUAGCUGUGUGUAUAGUUAUUUAUCUAAUUAAGUAGGUAGUGUAACAUAUACUAUACAAAGUCUGUACAGUUACUUGAUGCAAAGCGUAGUACCAUUCACACUUAUUUUCAAAUCCUUUUUCUACCUGAUGUACUUAUAAACAGGAGCGAACGGAUCAAAGUUAGAUGUGAAGAUGAGGGUUCAUUUUAAAUAUGAUUUUAAUAGAACCAAUUGUCGUAGGAUUAGAAAAACCCGUAGUUCCCACCCUUAAAAUUUCAUAUUUCUAGUCUAAGAUUGGCCUGCUUCAGAUUUAGGCUUCCUUAAUAUGAGACACGAGAUACAUUAGUAAUUUGAUCAUUUUUCUAUUCAAAUAAAAUACAAAACACAGCUGCUUUUCUUCUACUUUGCAACAUUGCUGAUCAAAUUGUCAAACACGUAAGAAAGUGUUCGCAGAUUCAGAUUUUUGUGUUGAAUAUUUUUUCCUAAAUUGCUUCAUAGUAUUCAUUAAAAUAUAUGACACUGUUGAACUACAAUAUGAUAGAAUAAGAUAGAAAUUACAUUUCUAAAACACCUGGUAUUGAGACUAUCUCUAUCCAAACUCGAGCAAAGAAUUUUUCAAACAGCCAUUCAAAUAAUGCAUAAUUUCUCAUUCAUAUUUCAGGACAAUAUUAAGAGUAAGAAUAUGGAAUAGAAUAUAUCCAGCUUCAUCAAUUUCUUUCUAAUUUUGAAAAUGCCUUUUUGAAACUUUUCGAGAUAAUUUAAAUAGAAAAUGUAGAAUGUUAUUUUCAAUUCCAUGUAAAUCACGAUAAUGUUAUAAUUAGAUUCAGAUAUCUUUCAGAAAAAUGACCUGGAGCCAUCAAGUUUAGGCUAUCAAUUUCAUACUGGAAUCAAGGAUAAAACAUAAAUUUACCGUAUCGUGCUGAAUACAAGUAAACUUCUGAUUCUGACUUUAUUUCAUGAAUUAUUUUCUGAAUAUGAUAGGAGGAUACCUCCAUGUAUUAGUCAAGUACAAAUUUGAACUAAAAUUCAGAAUGAUACGGUUUUUGUAAUAAAAAAAAAUUAUUCACCAGUAUUCAAAGAGAAUACUCAAACUUGAAAUCUAUCUGCAGCACUUCGGAUAUAACCGUCCAAAUUAUUAUAAACUUCAUAAUUACACUGAAACGCUGUAGUGAGAUAUUUACCAUAAUUCUAUAAUUUAUGUGACAAUUGUAUAAAAUUUCUGUGAUCGAUGAAGAAAUACUGUAGUAUGUCUGAAAUAAAACAAGGUGAGUGCUAAUCAAGUUAUCUCUAUACAAGUGCUUGCUUCUGCUACAAGUCUUGGUCUGAUUAGCAUUCUACAGUUGGCCAACCUCUUAAAACUUCUAAAGAUUCGAGUGCAGUCACACAUACUAUACCUGUAUACGACUUGACUUUGAAUAAUUGUUUUUGCAAAUAAUCUGAUUGGUAAUUUCCAAUGCAACAAAUAUUUAUAUAACUAAAGUGUUGUCCACAUGCUCAGGUUGAAUUAAAAAUAAGAAAAAUCAUAUGUUUAGCGAAGGAUGUUGUUUUUUAGAAAGUAUAAGGUUCAAAUAAAUACGUUUUUAAGAACAUUUAUUAUUUAUGUUUAUUCUGUUAUUUUUUUUUGAGAACACAUUUCCCAGUAUCAAGGUCAGAAAUAACGGUCAAAGUUUUUCGUUUUGAACAUUCUACAGAAUGAAACGAAUUCCCUAUAAAUUCAUCAUACCUAUACUCAUUGUGAGCUGCAUUCUGUUUGUUUCGUAUCAGAACAAACUUUGUAGUUAGAAUUGUUGACGUUAUGCAAAAUAUAAAAAAAUUAUUGAAACAUGCACACAAAAUUACCGAUUCACUUUCACAGACCGGGUUCAUUGUGGAUAUCUCAAUAACAAUAAACACUGGCGUUCAUCAUAAGAUUUUUAAUAAGUACAUGAGUUGAAUUAAAUGAAAUACUGCCCGCAAAAAUACUAAGUGAAUUUGGUAUUGUGCUGAUAAGGUUCACUGGUCGUUUACAGAUUUUUCAGAUUGAUUUAAAUAAACUUGACUGUUUCUUAUAGAAUAAUAUGCAACUAAGUAAUGUUUAUACAAACUAACAAAUUUACUUUUAUAACAUUUACAAUAUUGCAGUGCAGCAUAGAAAAGUCUUAUUACUUACUAAACAACUAGCUCGUAACACAAAUGAAUUCUCAUAAAAAAUACAGAUAGUCGGAUCUAUAAAUGGCAAAAUGUUUUUGCACAAUUUAUGUAAUUGAGAAAAUGAAACAAAAAAAGAGCUACAAUACAUAGAUGGUACAAAACGGUUUUGUACAUAAUCACAGUUUGUGUAUCAUGUACCAUUCACGGCUCAUUCCAAAUUGAUGAUGGCAAUGAGAAAAAAUGGAGA